GCCAGCGUAAAAGGGAGGCGUUGCACGACGGCUCGCGUGUGCAAAGAGGCUCUGUGCAGGCAGGAGUCGCUCGGAGGCUAGCCCAGCUCUGCGUGACUUAAAACUCCCCCGAGGAAGGAAUGGCAGAGAGGGUGAACAACUUCCCACCGCUUCCGAAGUUUAUCCCGCUGAAACCGUGCUUCUACCAGAACUUUGCUGAUGAGAUCCCCGUCGAUCACCAGACGCUGGUGAAAAGGAUCUAUUACUUGUGGAUCUUUUACUCCAUCACUUUGGCUGUCAAUCUCCUUGGUUGCGUGGCCUGGUGGAUUGGUGGUGGCAGUGGUACCAAUUUUGGCUUUGCUAUCCUCUGGGUCAUCCUCUUCAGCCCUUGCAGUUAUGUCUGCUGGUUCCGGCCGGUCUACAAAGCCUUUAGGUCAGACAGCUCCUUCAACUUCAUGACGUUUUUCUUCAUUUUCGGCAUGCAGUUCAUCCUAGCGGUCAUCCAGGCGAUCGGCUUCAGCGGAUGGGGCGUUUGCGGGUGGCUGGCUGCCGUGACAUUCUUCAGCACCAAUGUCGGGGCUGCUGUAAUAAUGGUUUUCUCAGCUAUCAUGUUCACGAUGUCGGCCGCUGUGAUGUUUCUCUUCCUGAUCCAGGUCCACCGGUUCUACCGCAGUGGUGGAGGCAGCUUUCGGAAAGCCCAGGACGAGUGGCAGAGCGGCUCAUGGAAGGAUCCCCCGAGUCGAGAAGCUCAGUUCAACAACUUCUCUGGGAACAGCCUCCCUGCUUACCCUACGGUCCCCAACUAUCCGGCUGGCAGCCGGUGGCCCUGAUUUCUCCUGCUGGACUGGGUGGAUAGUUUUAUUUUGGGUUGUUGCAAAAAAAAAUUUGCAGGUUUGGGAUUUGUUUUUCUGUUCUCGUUUUUGCGAAGCGGGGCGGGAGAAAUGAUUUUGCAUUCUCCUGCAAACCCUAACCCUUCCCUACCCUGUUUUUUUUUUUUUAAUUUUACGUUCUCUUUUCGACGGCUGCAAAAGUUCCGGAAUCCGUGCACGCAGCCUCUGGCGUCGCCUCUCGGAAAUGGCGGAGAAGCAGUCGUUGCCAAUAUUUUGACUAGUUCCGUGUCGAGGGACAGAUUAUGCCAUCUUGAUUCUUGGGGAUCCCCCCCCCCCACUUCCUUGUCUUUGCAAAUGGAUGCCCGAGGAAAGGCGAUUCGCACACCCGUUUCUUGUUAGAUCUGGUAGGUUUGCCUAGAGCAGCAGUUCAGCGCUACGUUUGUCCGUGGAUUUUGGGCAGGAGACUCGGCUUUCCCCCAGCCCCCCACCCUCUUCGCUUCUUUCCAUUGGCUCGCGUUUUUCUUAACGCCCUUUGAGAUCCUGCACUCAUGCAAAUUGUUGUGAGGGGCAGCAGGCAAUCAGCACCCAAACAGGAGGUCAUGUAGGGUUCCGGCUGUUCCUGAUGGUCACCUGCUUUAGGCCUUGGGAUUGAGGGUAGCGGCAUCUCACAGCUUAAUGCCUCUCCCAACAUUCCUGUAAGUAGGUAAGUAGCAUUUUGGGAUGAAAUGCCCUAGCCUAUCCCUCUCUUAGUGCUGCUGGCUUUCUGUAUUUAAGAACUUGUUGCAGGGGGAAACCUUCAAUUGCCGUCAGCGUGCCCUCCACCAAAAGGGAGUCUUUCCCUGUUGAAGACUUUGGCCAGGUAGUUCUCCAUUUCAGGUGUGUUCUGUUUUUUUGUCCUUUUGACUGCUAGCAACUUGCUUGCUGCCACGGAAACUUUGGAGAUGCCGUUAAUCUGUCUGCUGGCUAGAGCAGAAAGCUACAGCGGGCUUCAAAACGCGCC